AUGGAGAGAAGAGAAAGGCUUCUUUACGAUGCAUCAUUAGAAGGAAAUUUAACCGUCUUGCUCAUGUUACUUCAAGAAGAUCCACUCAUUCUUGACAAGGUGACCUUAAACCAUCACGACGACAUGCCUCUACACGUUGCGUCAAUGCUUGGACAUAUUGCUUUUGUCAAGGAAAUCCUAACCCGAAAACCUGAUCUUGCUACCGAUUGUGAUUCACAAAAACGUCUGCCUCUUCAUUUAGCCUCUGCAAAAGGCCGUGUAGAAAUAGUUAAGGCGUUGGUAAAGGCUAAACCUGAGACAUGCCUUGCACGUGACCGUGAUGGGAGAAACCCAAUUCAUCUUGCAGCCACCAAGGGGCAAUAUGAAGUGGUGAAAGUGCUGGUGCAAGCUCAAACUCAUGCAGCUCGAUCCAUGGUGCAGCAAGACACCAUCUUGCACUUGUGUGUGAAGCAUAACCAACUUGAGGUUUUGAAGUUGUUAAUCGAGACUAUGGGUGAUCACAAGUUUGUAAACACUGAGGAUGCUUAUGGUAAUACCAUACUUCACCUAGCUGUUGCUGACAAACAAAUUGAGACUAUAAACUUCUUGCUACUUGAUACAACAAUAGAAGUCAAUGCAUCAAACGAAAAUGGGGAAAAAGCGAUAGACAUAUUGGCUUUAGGUCCAAGAGAUAUGAAAGAUCAACAAAUCAUACAGUCCCUAACACGAGCAGGAGCAGUUGGCUCGAAAAAGGAAAGCUUGUUUGGACAAAUUUCUCAUAAAUCCAGAAGCAAAUUGGUAUUAGAAAACUUAAGACAAUAUAAUAAUAAAAAAGACUUGAAGAACGACGAUGACUGGUUGGACAAGAAACGAAAUACUCUGAUGGUCGUGGCAUCAUUGAUAGCAACCAUGGCCUUUCAAGCAGGUACUAAUCCUCCUAGUGGCGUUUGGCAAGAUGGGUCGUCCACUGAUCCAGCCCGUCGGGCUGGAUAUGCUGUCAUGGUAUAUAAUCAUCCAAAUCUUUACCAUGUGUUUCUGGUUUGCAACACGGUGGGAUUUGUUGCAACUCUUAGCAUUAUCCUGUUGCUUAUUAGCGGGUUACCCUUUUUGAGGCAUCGCGUGUUCUUGUGGAUUCUAAUGGUUAUAAUGUGGAUAGCGACUGCAUCUAUGUCACUCACUUAUUUGGUUGCCAUAUCAGUUGUGACACCAAAACCAGAGUCACAGACGUUCAAGAAUAUAGUGAAUGGAAUCGUUCUGGUUUGGGUCGGCUUGAUGACUCUUUUGGUUGCAGGACACAUUUUUCGGCUAAUGGAAAUCUUCCAAAAGCUACCGUUCACCAGAAAGACUUUAAGUCAAGUAUCCAUUAAUGAUAACUUGUAG